GAUUUUUCUUGUCAAAGUUUCUCAUCCGUUUGUGUGCCGGGACUGAAGCUUCAAACAUUUUUUGUGGCAACAUUUUCUUGCAAUUUUUACAAAUUCUGCUAAAAAUUACUUACCAAUUUCAAUCCUAAACUCAAUCAGAAUCAGUGUGGCGUCAAUUCCGCUGUUUUUCUAACAUCGUCUGUUCCAGAACCCAGUGAUCUGAGGAAAUUCUAAUCCGCUGCCAUAUUGCUGCCGACGGAAGCAAACUGGCGAUGAAUCGUAAGGAGUUGAUCUACGUGGAGAACAUUUCUCCCACCAGCAGCGAGCAGAAUCUGCAGGUGUACUUGGAAAAGUUCGCCCCGGUGCAGGCGGUGUACUUUCUGCGGGAGAAGCAAUGUACGAAGCGUUCGAUUGCGGCGUUCCUACGGGUAGCCAACGAAACUGAUCGCGACAUCAUCAUGCUGCGGAACCAGCAGAACUAUCGCGGCAAACGGUUGUUUAUGCUGCAGGCCGAUCGACCGCACGACUACCAGGCCGACCACACGGUCAUCGUGCGCAACAUCACUACCAAAAUCUCUGAAGAGAAUUUGUUUGAACACUUUGAGGAUUGUGGCAAAAUAGCGUUCCUGCAAAUUCGUACGGACGAUUUUGCAUAUGUCGCAUUUGAGGAUAAAACGUCUGUGCGUAACGCUGUGAACAAGAACAACCAACCUUUAAAAGGAUCGAACCUUAAGAUUCAACUUCUUACCCGUAACCUAGAUAUUAUGAUAGUGAAUCUGGAUACGCUAUGCUCCCGUAUGCCUGACUUAUAUCGAAAGUUGGUUUUGCCACUGGAGCCAAGAGCUUCUAACGGUCAGCAACAGCAGCCUGUUGGACAAACUCAACCAACUGCAGUAGAGCAGCAAUCGAAAUCCCAACCUACCCAACAGCAGCAGCAAUCUCAAAAAUCAAGACAACAACAGGAGCAACAGCAACGAGAAAACCAACAACGGGAAAAUCAACAACGGGAAAACCAACAACGUCAGCAACAGAUACAGAGAGAAAACCAACAACGGCAGCAACAAUUACAGCGCGAAAAUCAACAGCGUCAGCAACAACAGCGGGAAAAUCAACAACGUCAGCAACAACAACAAGCUCAGCAGCAAAGACUGCAGCAGCAACAGCAAUUACUACAACAACAGAAACCACUUCCCCAGCGGCAGCAAAACCAACGCCAGCUUCAAAAUCAACAACAACAACUACAACAGCAGAUCCAAAUGUUGAAGGACAAGGCCAAUGCCCUCGCCGAAAAACAGCAACAACAGAAACAAGCCCCGGCUCAACAGCCGCCCAAAUCGGAACCGGUUGUCAUUGAGGAGGAACCGCCGAAAAAGCAAAACGAAACCGAAACAAACCUCAAUACAUCCGAUACCGAUGACGUGCAGAUCGUCGAAGUGAUGGAAACGCAGGAAAUCAUCGAAGAUGACGACGAUGAUACGGAUGUUCAGAUCGUGGAAAAACCAUUGGUGGAUCCCAUUCCAUCGGAGUACCAGCGGAAACCGGACGAUGUGAUGCGUCCGCUCAAAGCCUCCGAGGUGGUGAUGAAAGAUGUGUUGAACCUUAAGGGUGAAGACGAUCGUCGGGCCGUGUGGGUCAACAACAUUCAACCGGAAACACGUCGACUUGAUCUGGUGAUGUACUUGGAACAGUUUGGUGAUGUGAUGCAUUGCAAAGUGGGAAACUCGAAAAAUUGUGCGUUCACCCGUUGGGCCAAGGUAUUGUUCAGCAGCGAGGAUGCUGCUGCCAGAGCAGCGGAAUAUUUCGUGCAUCCGUUCCAAGGACGGUACCUGUUUGUGUUACACUGCACUAAAUUCGUCGUCGAAGAACCCGGAAAGGUGUUUGCGAUCGAUUUCCUGUCGAAGUACCUCGUUUACGAGGACGUUGCCAAGGCGUUCAAACACAUCGGAGAAGUGUUCUAUAUGGUACGGUUGUACGAUAACAACUACAAGGUGCGGAUUUUCUUCGUCAACGCCGUGGAUGAGCAGAAGGUUCUGGCGGUGGGGUCGAUCGGCAGUCAUCCCAUCAAGCUCGAGCUAUAUGUCGAGAAUAUGCAGUUGAGGCUACAAAAAACGGUUGCCAACGAGCUCAGAGCGGCACGUGAAAUAAUGGAUGCGGCAAUGGAAGCUCGCAAGGCCAAGAUUAAUGCAAUCUACAAGCAGGAAGCGCUCGAUCGGUGUGAUCCUCGAGAGUACACCAAUCCCGAUCCCAAAACCAGUCCUUUUGAAGUCAUCAUCUACAAUGUUCCCGUGGGCACGACGGAUCAGCAGAUCAAACGCUACUUCAAAUCCAUCGGUGAACCGACGGCGAUCCGUCGGGAAACGAUGCACACUGAGACGCAUGAAGUGCGGGAGGUCGAGUCUGUCUACGUCGGGUUCAGUAGGCUUUCGAUGGCCAUGCAGGCUGCCGAGAUCCCCCCGGAGAAAAAGCUCAACUCGUUCAAUCCGUUCAUUUUCCUCGCAACGACACAAGCCGCCAUGAACGAUGGGAACACGCUGCGGCUGUUCUUCAACAAUUUUAUUACAAUCCAGGACAUUUACAAUGGUUUGAUCCAUUGCGGUCCGAUAAAGUAUAUCGAGAAGCAAAGGGCCAAGCGUGCGCUGAUCAUGUUCGGCAAUGGAGAGACCGGUAUCACGGAUGCUAAGAAAAUGAACUUCAUCGGAAACGUCAAAAUCACCGUCAAAGAAAGGGCAAACAUCACAGCACAAAAGACGACUGACCUAUCGGGAGAAUGUGGAAAUAUAACAACGUCCAGUAAUCCUUCAUCUAUGGAAAAUACAACCGAAAACCUCAUAUUGGGAACAUGGAAAAUGUCGAGGUUGCCCAAAUUAAUUGAGAAAGCUGAUUAUAAGAUGAUCGAUAAAUUCCUGAACAAGCAUAAUGUCGCAGUAGCAUGCCUUCAAGAUGCACAGAUGAAUGGGCGUAGGGCUGAUACAAGGUCCUAUACCUGGCACGGUGUUCCAAAGAAGAGUGGAACUGUGAUGCUUAUUCAUAAUAAUCUGAAGAAAAAUUGCGUACUACAACGUAAUCAACAAAACACUUGCCUGUUGGAAAUUAAUUUAUUUGGGCAAUCUUUAUUUAUUUGUUCUGUAUGUAUUGGUGGUGUCGGACCCAAUAAUAAACCUUCUCCGAGUUUGAUCAAAUUUAAAUCAUUUAUCGAAGGAAUGCAACCAGAGAAGCGUGCCUGCAUGAUAAUACUGGGACACUUUAAUGCUAACAUUGGAUUUGAAGAUUCAGCUGAUAUUCAAAACCUGAUUGGCGAGCAACUCUUGCAUCCUACCAGCGAUCUCAAUGGAACAGUUCUUAAACAAAUGUUGAAAGAGACAAAUAUGAAGCUUAUCAGCUCAUACGGACCAUUUCUGAGCGUGCAGUGCACUGGAAAAGCAUUUGGCGAGCGUAUACAGGUUGAUCACGUCAUUAUGCCCGAUAUCAAUUGGCUUGUCAAGCCAAAAUGUCGCACCAUAUGUGACGAGAUGUUUGACGUCGAUCGUCCAAUAUUAUUACUUGAAACUGGCUUCAUUGCUUCAAACCUGCCCACCCCAAAACCCAAAACUGAAACUGAAAUUAGUUCUGCUACCACAAGGGCACCUCAAGCGAAAAAAGACUGUUUUAGUGAUGCAAAGCACGUUAUUUUCGCAACAUGGAACGUGUCCGGAUGUUUCCGGAAAGUCGAUCGCAAUGACGUUGACCAAUACCUCCACCAACAUCACGUCGACGUGGCUUGUGUUCAAGAAACGCAUAUGGAAUCUCGUUCGCUCAGAACGAUGAGUUAUUUGUGGUACAACGUUAAUAAACCCACAGUAAAACAAAACACCUCUGAACUAGAGAGCGGAACUGCAAUAUUAGUUCGUAUGAAAUAUGCGAAACAAUGCAAAUUCGAUCGGAUUUCGGAUAAUAUUUGUAGGAUGACGAUGCCGAUCGCAGGAAAGGAGCUGUAUGUGUAUUCUGUGUAUGCUCGUACAGAAGGAACUUUUUCACAACCGGAUAAGGAGAUCAUGCAUUUGCAUAAUAUGAUCAAAAAUAUGCCGGAAUCGAAGCGAGCGAAUAUUAUAGUUCUUGGUAAUAUGAACGCUCACAUUGGAUACAGAGAUAUGGCGCCCGGCUUGAGAGGGCUAGUAGGGGAUUAUCUGUGUCACGAUUACAGCAAUGCAAAUGGAGAGCAAAUCUUGCAGACUUUGGAAACGUAUAAAUUAAAGUUGGUUAGCUCCUUUGGACCAUGCCCCAGCGUUAAAUAUACUAGCAAACAUGGAGACGACGAGGAACAGCUCGCACACAUCAUUAUGCCCUCGAUGGGAAUAUUCGACCAAACUUCGUGUAUGUGCAUCGAUAGUUUUAGCGACGGUUUUUCGAACGAUCGUAUACUUUUGAUGAGAGCUUCGAUUAAAUUAGGUGAAACUUCUGGCUUUUGUAACAACGGUGAAUUUGCGGAAUCCGAAUCUGAUUCAGAAACCCCUCCAUCAAAAGUCAAUCCCCAGUAUACAUCGGAAGAUAAUGCAAAUCCGGCAACAGAUGAGUGUGCUCAAGAUCCUCAAGAACCUACGAACCUCCGCCCCCAUACUAUCGGAACAUGGAACGUGAUGGGGGGUGCUACAGAACGUGUUGAUCGAUUCCUUCACUCACAGGAGGUUGACGUGGCGUGUCUCCAGGAAACGCAAAUACCAACGAACACUUUCAGAACCGAGCACUAUAUCUGGUUCAACGUUCAUAAAAUUGGGGCAUCAAUCGGCACAAAAGGUGGAACUGCAAUCGCUGUUUGUAACGAUCUGGCAGAACAGUGCAAAUUCAAGCAGUGGUCUGAUAAUAUUUGCUGGGUGAAAGUGCCAAUUUAUGGGAAAUUGGUAAUAGUGAUAUCGGUCUAUGCCCAUACUGCGGGAGUCGAUGGACUACUUCCCGAUCCUGAGUUUAAAUCAUUAAGCACAAUCUUGAGUGGCUUAGGUGCACGGAGUCGUGCAAACCUUAUUAUAAUGGGGGAUUUUCAAGCGCAGAUCGGCUUCCAGGAUAUGCCCUCCAGAUUGCAAAGCUUCAUCGGCAAUCAUCUCUAUCAUCCGUUCAGCAACGCGAAUGGAGAGGGCCUCAAGCUUAUUUUGCAGGAGUUUGAUUUGCGACUGUGUAGCUCCUUUGGACCAUGUGAAAGUGUUACAUGCACGUGGCAAAAAGGCGACCAACAGGCACAGACUAGCCACAUCAUUAUGCCCAUUAUUGAUCGUUUCCUGCGUCCCAAGUGCCGCUGUGUAGAUUGCGAUCCUAGGCUGUCUGAGCAUCGAAUGCUGUUGUUGACAGUUCGGCAUCGUAUCCUUAACGAUAACAGUGUAAAGAAAGCUCCCGUUGCGAAGAAAAGGACCGCAUCAGCAAGUCUACAACGUCAGGAGAAACCAUGGCGAGAAAACAAACCAUGGUUUGACGAAGAAUGCCAGCAGUUGAGAGAAGCAACAAAUUAUGCCAGGAGAAAAGCGACACGAGUCCAUAGCGAAAUCAACCAGCAAUUAUUUCUGGAAGCAAGAUCAGAAAUGAAUCGUGUUUAUCGUGAAAAAAAAUUAAGAUAUGAGGAAUCAGGAGAAUGUACCUUCCAGGCAACCAGAUUCGGAAUGAAUGAUCAUAGGAAACAGAACGACGCAGGCAAGAAUCAACCUGCAAUUGUCAUUGACGAUGAGGAUGAUGUGGUCGUCGUGCCAUCGAAUGAGUCGCCGAACAAGAAAAAUCAGAAGGGUAAGAACCAACCGAAGGGUGGGCCAACAAAGAAGCAACCACAAAAACAACACCAGCAAAACAAACAGCACCCACAGCAAGGAUCCGGUGGGAAUCGCAAUCGAAGAUCAAAUCAAUCAUUCGGCGAUGGACAGCAACAGUUUCAUAUGGAUCAACAACGUUUUCCGGAUAAUAAUCCAUGGCAAAACAACCAACAAGACCCGGUGUGGCAGGAUCAAUUCAAUCAACGUCAGCGCAACCAGAAUCAGUUCAUGCCCAACGACCGCUUCAAUCCGAACGGUCCAUUUGAUCGUUUUGGUAAUCAAGAACCCAACAUGAACAUGAAUAUGAACCAAUUUGAACAGAUGAUGAUGGCGCAACAGUUCGAUAACUUUAAUUUCGGAAACAAUGAUAAUAACUUCAACCGUGGUAACCCGAUGGACACGGAUGACCCCCCAUUGGAGCGUAAUUGGGGCCAACAACAGCAUCAUAUGCAGCAGCAGCAGCAUUUCAAUCGUUUCAGCCCACCGCGACACCAGUCGCAGUUUAAUCGUGGCUUCUCUGACGAACGCGACGACUUUGGCCGAGAUUCGCCCGGAAUUCCGCCGAACAUCCCGGAAGAUGAGAUUGAUAACUAUAUCGUACAAAAACAGGAAGCGAUCAAACGUCGGCUGGAGCAACUGGAUAGACAGUUGAUCGAUUCGGUCGAAACUUCGCGUCAUCGUGACUUUGAAAACUCUACCCGGCGUCGCCAGGGCACUGUCUUUAGUGAUAACGGUGAUGUACAUUACGUUCCAAAUCCGGCGGCAGUUGCUAGGAACCGUGGUGGCCGUCGCGGUGGAAGGGGCGGCAGAGGCGAUCCUGGUGCCAACAAUAAUCAGGAAGCCAACAGGAACCGCGGUCGGGGUCGUCGAGACCGCGAGGAAAACUUUAGAAACCGAACCAGAGAUCCGUUUGCCGAUGUGGAUAUCGUGCCAAUCAUUCGUAUUUCUGAAGAUGGAUCUCCAUCGCCGAAGCGUAGCCGGGAGGACGAGUUUGACACGGCUCAGUUCGAUGCUGCUUGGAUAUAGGUGGCAUCCUGUUGAGGGGGCCCUUCAUCUCAGACGGUACUCGGAAGAAUCGAGUAUUGCUUAAUUAGAUGUGUUUUACGAUGAAUAACAUUGAAAUAAUAUGGCAUUAACUGUAAGGCAUAAUUGACAUUCGAUAUGCAUUAAUUAAACACAAUAUUUAAUAAAUAAACAUACCUACUACAAAUGAAAAGAAUGCUAGUAAAUCAUAA